AUGGAUGGUAUGGGAGGCGGCCCGGGAAUGGGAGGCAUGGGAAGCGGUCCAGGAAUGGGAAGUGGCCAAGGAGGAAUGGGAGGAAUGGGACCCGGUCAAGGAAUGGGUAGCAACCAGGGAAUGAGUGGAAACCAAGGAAUGGGCGGCAUGGGUGGCAAUUUUCAGGGUGGUAAUAACAUGAUGGGAGGUCCAAAUCAAGGAAUGGGAGUUGGUAACCCAGAUCUUCCACCACCAACACAAAGACCACCGGGUAUGGGCGGCAUGGGAGGAAACCAACGAUUUGGAGGAAUGCCGCAAAACAAUCCGAUGACAGGACCAAUGGGCAGUAACCAAGGUCCACAACAAAAUCCAAAUAAUCCAAGAAGGCAACAGAAUACGCGAAGAAUACAACCCAGGGGAAAUGCAAGACGUUUUAUGAGGAACACGAAUUUACCAUGA